AUGAUUCAACAAGGUCUGUUUAGAUUCUGGUUCUGUCUGCUGUCCAUGUGUGUCCUGGUCUGUCACGGUCGGGCCCAGGUCCCUGAGCCAGCACAUUGCCUCCUAUCUGGGACCUACAACCUGACCCAGCAGCCUGUGGAGGGAGAGGAUGAAGGGAAGUGCUGGAGGGAUUGCUACACAGAGCCUGACUGCCACAUGGCAGUGAUAGUCAUACCUCUCAUCAGCAGGAAGCAGUGCCUGCUGGUCAACUGUCUGAACCAGAGCAGACACUCGUACACCCGACAUCCCAGCACACAGAUCAGGGUCUACCCAAAGACCACCAUUGACAACGUCCAAAGGUACUAUUACAUGAUAGAUGCAUACGAACGAGCUGAUGAGAAACUUCAUUGUUCAGAGUUGAUGAGUUGCAGCAGCUGCCAGUCGGGGAUUCACAGAUUCUUCUACAACAGAACCAGUUACAGGUGUGAGAGCUUCCCCAGCGGCUGUGGGUCCAGCAGAAACUCGUUUGAAACCCAGGAGGGCUGUGAAGCCCUCUGCAAUGAAAAGUUUCGUUGUUAUCGGCCCGUGCAGUACGGAGCAGGCAGCUCAGACAUGUCCAUGUUCUUCUUUAACGUGCUGAGUUAUAGCUGUGAGAGGUUUAACUUCAGAGGCCACGGGUCCAACGGGAACAUCUUUCACACUGAGGAGGAGUGUGAGAAGCUCUGUGGUGACAUUAAAGCUCCUACAACGCCUCAACCUGCUGUGACUACAGGUACUCCACCUCCUGCCAUCGACCUCACAGUUUUAGUUUUCAUUAUUUUGGGCAGUAGUGUGGGCUUUAUGGUCCUAGUCGUCAUCUGCGCUGUCUGCAGUUCAUGGAUCUGCGAGUGUGUUGAAGACAACAAGCGGCGUCAAUCCUACAGCGGAUACAGGUUGACAUCAUCAGAUGAUUAUGAUCAGUCCCUUAUACAGGCAGGGGCUGAUGUGGAGAACCCUGAGAUACUUGAGGCCUCAUCACUUCCUGAUAUCCAGAGGUUGACAUCAUCAGAUGAUAAUGAUCAGUCCCUUGUGCAGGCAUUGGCUGAUGUGGAGAACCCUGAGAUACAUGAGGCCUCAUCACUUCCUGAUAUCCAGAGGUGA